AUGGUGGCAAUCGAAAACUCUAACUGUUUUUAUUCGAGCCACCACAGAGAUCCAUGCAAAGUUUCCAGCAAUCUUUACAUGAUAAUGUUUGGUAUUGUUCAAAUCUUUUUCGCCCAAAUUCCUGAUUUCGACCCAACUUGGUGGCUCUCAAUUGUUGCUGCGGAGAUGUCUUUUACUUACUCUAUGAUUGGUCUCGGCCUUAGAGUUGGAAGGGUUGCAGAAUCAGCGUUUGGAGACCUCUCCCCCGGAAAUCUCUUAACUGGCUUUGAUUUCUACAACCCAUAUUGGCUAGUUGACAUAGCCAAUUUAGCCAUUGUUGUUCAUCUUGUUGGGGCAUAUCAAGUCUUCAGUCAACCCUUUUUGGCGUUCGUUGAAAACAUUGCGAUAGACUGGUUCCCGGAAAGCAAGCUGUACAUCUCCCAAGAAAUCGAAAUCCCAUUGUAUGGAUUCAAGUUUCCAUACAAACUCAACUUCUUCCGGUUAAUUUGGCGCACGAUUUUUGUCAUUUUCACCACCAUGAUUUCGAUGCUUAUGCCAUUCUUCAAUGAUGUAGUUGGCAUUCUUGGAGCCAUUGGAUUUUGGCCUCUAACAGUAUACUUCCCAGUUCAAAUGUACAUUGUACAGAUGAAGAUACAAAAGUGGAGCCGAAAAUGGAUAUGCCUACAAAUAUUAAGUGUCGCAUGCUUGAUCAUAUCGAUUGCUGCUGAUGCUCGUUCCGUUGCUGGAGUUGUUACUGAUCUUAAAACUUACAAGCCUUUCAAGACAAGUUACUGA